CUUCCAUGCUCUGCAGAGAAGAGUCGCUUCCUGCCUUGGAGUAAAACCUGCGAAUAAACUGUAAUUAACGUCAAUAAUAAGGCGAAAACCCGCGUUAAAGUGGAAGCAGAGACUUGGCGUCACGAUGAACCCAGAGAACUUCUCCCUGAGUGAGAGGAUCGUCUCGCAGUCCUACGUCCGCCAGGGCUCCCAGGCGCGCCGCGGACACGAGCAGCUCAUCAGACAGCUCCUGGAGCAGGGCAAGUGUCCGGAGAAGGGCUGGAGCGAGAGCACCGUGGAACUGUUCCUCAACGAGCUGGCGCUGAUGGACAGCAACAACUUCCUGGGGAACUGCGGCGUGGGCGAGCGAGAAGGGCGUGUGGCGUCCAGCCUGGUGGCCCGGCGCCACUACAGACUGAUCCACGGGAUCGGCCGGUCGGGGGACAUCGCCGCGGUCCAGCCCAAGGCGGCGGGCUCCAGCCUGCUGAACAAACUCACCAACUCGGUGGUGCUGGACGUCCUGAGGCUCUCAGGGGUACGGAGCGCGGCCAGCUGCUUCGUGGUCCCCAUGGCGACGGGGAUGAGCCUGAGCCUGUGCUUCCUGACGCUGCGGCACCGGCGGCCCCGGGCGCGCUACAUCGUCUGGCCCCGCAUCGACCAGAAGUCCUGCUUCAAGGCCAUGGUCACCGCAGGCUAUGAGCCGGUGGUGGUGGAGAACCUUCUGGAAGGCGAGGAGCUGCGGACCGACGUGGCGGCCGUGGAGGGACAGAUCCAGGCUCUAGGGGCGGAGAGCGUGCUGUGUGUCCACUCCACCACGUCCUGCUUCGCCCCCCGCGUCCCCGACAGGAUUGAGGAGCUGGCCACGCUGUGUGCAAAGUACGACAUCCCCCACAUCGUGAACAACGCCUACGGGGUGCAGUCUUCCAAGUGCAUGCACCUCAUCCAGCAGGGGGCUCGGGUGGGCCGGGUGGACGCGUUUGUGCAGAGCCUGGACAAGAACUUCAUGGUGCCAGUAGGUGGCGCCAUAAUCGCCGGAUUCGACGAGGCCUUCAUCCAGGAGAUCAGCCAGAUGUACCCAGGUCGCGCCUCGGCCUCGCCCAGCCUCGACGUCCUCAUCACCCUGCUGGGCCUCGGGGCGGGGGGCUACAAGAGCCUGCUGGCGGAGAGGAAGGAGAUGUACUCCUUCCUGUCUCAGGAGCUGGGCAGUCUGGCCGCGGCCCACGGAGAGAGGGUUUUGCACACCCCCCAUAACCCCAUCUCCCUGGCCAUGUCCCUGGACGGUCUCCGUGGCGACAGGGACAACAAGGCAGUCACUCAGCUGGGAUCCAUGCUGUUCACCAGACAGGUGUCUGGGGCCAGGGUGAUCCCGCUGGGCAAGGAGCAGACGCUGGGCGGCCACACGUUCCGCGGCUUCAUGUCGCACUCGGAGGCGUACCCGGUGCCCUACCUCAACGCGGCCGCCGCCGUGGGCGUCACGCGGGACGACGUGGUGCUCUGCGUCAAGAGGCUGGACAGGUGCCUGAAGGCCUUGAGGAAGGAAGGAGGUGGAGCAGGUGGUGGUGGUGGUGGUGGUGGAGGAGGAGGUGGUGGUGGUGGUGGAGGAGGUGGUCGUGAUGAUGAUGAUGAUGAUGAUGAUGAUGGAGCUGGUGAUGGUUGAGGAGGAGGAGGUGGUGGAGGCGAUGGAGGUGGUGGUGGCAACGACCACAGAAGCAUUUCCCCCGAGGCCCUGACGUGAGACGAGGGCCCCGCUGGAGACUGAAUUAGACAUGACAACAACAACAACAACAACCAGAAGACGGCACUUGCUCUAAAUGAACAAAGUUGCAAACUCUAUAGAUUGUGCCUUUCGCGCAAAGAAAAAAAAAGAAUGAGACACUCGAAUACAAUAUAUAUCUAUAUAGUAAUUCUCAAUAAUGGCGUUUUUCUGUAUCAUUUUAGAGGAAUACGUUUCUUAUUUUCGAAAACUGUUUUGUUUUGAAUAGACAAUUGGAUGAGGUCCAAGGAACAAAACAUUGAUUGAUUCUGCACUGUUAAAUCCCAAUCGUUGAAGCUCAUGUAUGUAUUUUGAAUCAUUACCAAUGUUUUCUUUUUAUAAACGAUGGCUGCCAUGCUUUCUGCAUUUCAAUUCAAUCUGACUUCUGCGAUGAACGCACGUCUUGCUCGGAACUCUGCUCUUGCGAAAUGUAAACUGACAAUUUACAUUAUUUUCGAGUACUACUGUGUGAAUGUACGGGCUUUCCUUUCACAGCCCGUCUAUGUAACGGAUAGUUACGACAAGAAAGUAAUCAAUGAACCUGGCCCAAAAUAGCUCUCUCCAGUGUCUUGGGGAAACGCAGAUCAUUAAGAAUUCAGAGGGAUAACGAACAUCUCGCCAAAGGUUGUAUUCUACUGAUCUAUGUGGCGAGUACUUUAGGACUAAACCCAGUUUCAUGCUUUUGGCCUGUCACAAAAACAGUCUUUCCCUCCAUAUUGUUGCACUGUUGUAUUUUAGGCUCCUGGGUUGAAUCGCCAUCCCAUCAUUAUCUUCUCUUGCUUCUUCAACCCGCGCCACAUUUCAGUUCCCAGCCACAAAUCAGCGGGUUUAAAAAGCCUCCACUGAGCUGGUGGGGGAGCAGAAGUUCUCUCAAUCCUGAGACCGGCCGACUUCCU